CCAACAGUCUUCAAGAUGAGGUCUUCAGUACCGGUUUGUCUAAUCCUGCUCGCUCUGGCGUUGGGAUCGGCGUGGGCUAAUGAUAAUCCCUGCCAGGAUGUGCGCAUUCCCGGCUUCGUUUGCAUGAACUGCACCACCUUGGGCUACUGCAUCCGCGAUGCCACCGGCAGCUGGGAAACGAUUUCGAUGCUGGGCUGCCAAUCGGAGUACAAUUUCUAUUGCAGCGACGAGGGUACCUUCGGAUGCACCUUCCAGUCGCAGUGCCAGGUGCCCAAGAGAGGUCCCUUCAGCUGUCAGCAGGCGGGCCUGUUCCCGGAUCCGUACGACUGUAGGCGGUACCACGAGUGCAGCGAUCAGAGUGUGGACACCCCUCGCAUCUGCUCCAACGGAGCGGGCUACUCCACACUCACGGGCACUUGUGUUCUGCCACGGGAGAGUGAGCAGUGCAUCCAGGAGCAGUUCACCUGCAGUCGGUCGGGACAAGUGGGUGGAUGGGCGCCCGACAAUCGGUACUUCUACGUCUGCGUCAAUGACACGGCCAAUUCGCUGUAUCCGCUGAUGAUGAAGUGCCACGAGGGAUUCGUUUUCAACAGCUACAGCUGUGUGCCCGACACCAGGAGCAUGAGGAGCAUUCAGGCGAUGGAGUCCCACACGUGCAUGAACAACGAUAGGUACCAAUGCCCCUUCCGAACCUCUGAGAUCGAGUACUGCAAGUGCGUCGAUGGAGAACUGGAGGUGAUGACCUGUCCCGCCGGCUUCCAAAUUGAUCCUAAGAUCCUGACCUGCGUGACUGAUAGGAUCUAUCAGUGCUCGGACUUUGAGAUCCUCAGCUGUCCCAAUGUCUCCACCAAGGAUGAGUACUGCAUAUGCAUCGAUCACCAGCUGCAGAUCUACAGCUGUCCAAUGGGACAGUAUUUCAAUGCUGAGACUCGAAAGUGCCAAUCAGAGUCAGAGUAAUGAAUUGUUUUCAUGGUACCAAUAUUGAUUCAAGUAAAUGCCUAUUUAAAAAAUUGAAAUCAUUCUGAACAUUUUAAGAUAAACUACAAAUAACUAUAAAUAUUCACCAAAAUUUUAAUGAG